AUGGCUACUCCAGAAAGUGAGGCGACAAGGGCGGGAGUACAGACGCCUUUGGAUGACGGAUACACUCCUUUGAUCCCUUUGAGAAACGCGAGUCUCCAGCAACGCUGCGAUAAUGCCGGGCCUGAUCACAUAGCACCGUUGCCUCGUACCCGCUCACGACAGGCAAUAAGAGAGGAUUUAUCCAGAUGCGGCAGUUCAGCGUCAACUUGUAUAGCGAAGAAGAGCCCAGAGGCCCCGCUGGCUUUGAGGGCUCACACUAACAGGGACAUGGGGGCAGGCAGUUCAGCCUCCACGCAAUCAGGGGAAGCAGAUUUCUCACGUGGGGAACCUGAUAUUUCCGUUCCCAGAGGACAAAGGAGUUCUUCAGGUAAAUCCGACAGCAGCACGUUAUGGAAGGGGCGUUCACUAGGGGCCGAAACUCUGAGGGGAUUAUUCCCGUCGAUGGCGGUCCUAUCGAUACCGGCUCGAAAUCGGGAGACAACCGGACGGCCAGAGGGCGAAAAUGGACUCCGAACGGUAUCUCCAGCCCAUGACAGAGGCAAAAAGGACACAGGCAAAUGGGGAUGGGCGACGUGGUUUUAG